UUUCUAAGUAAUGUAACCUUAUUAGCGAAUAAACGUCUUCCUUAUUAGAUUUAAGAAAUCCAGAUUGCGAUCAAUGAAAUACCGCCUUGACCUAACGCGGCUUGAACAAAUGGUACGAAAGUGCAUCAAAACAAGGGAUAACCUCUCGAGUUAGCAGCCGGAUAUAAAUACGUAAUACAGUCGUGUAUUUAAUGCAAUCAAAUUAUAUAAAUUGUGUAAUAUUUAUUUACAUUAAUAAUGACGUUAGAACGGAAAGACUUGGAAGGGAACUUAUAUGUUUUCAAUGAAGAAGAUUUGCCAUAUGAAGAGGAAAUCUUAAGAAAUCCUUAUUCCGUAAAACACUGGCAGCGUUAUAUAGAUCAUUUAAAAACUACAAAAAGUAGUAAUUUAAAUAUUGUAUAUGAAAGAGCAUUAAAAGAACUACCUGGAAGUUACAAAUUAUGGUAUAAUUAUCUGCGUCAACGUGUAAGUCAGUUGAAAGGACGAUGUAUAACAGAUGCUCUUUAUGAAGAUGUAAAUAAUGCAUUUGAGCGUGCAUUGGUUUUCAUGCACAAAAUGCCUCGAAUUUGGAUGGACUAUUGUACAUUAAUGACAGAUCAAUGCUAUAUUACUCGUACUCGACAAGUGUUUGAUAGAGCACUUAGAGCUCUUCCAAUUACGCAACAUCAUCGUGUAUGGCCCUUGUAUAUUGAAUUUUUGAAAAAACACAAUGUAUAUGAAACUGCAGUACGAGUUUUUAGAAGAUACUUGAAGUUGGCCCCAGAAGAUACAGAAGAAUAUAUAGAAUAUCUAAUAUCUAUUGGAAGACUUGAUGAAGCAGCUGUAAAACUUGCACAAAUUGUUAAUCAAGAUGAUUUUGUUUCAAAGCAUGGAAAAUCUAAUCAUCAAUUAUGGAAUGAAUUGUGUGACUUAAUAUCAAAGAAUCCAUCUAAAAUAAAGUCUCUUAAUGUAGAUGCUAUCAUCAGAGGUGGUCUAAGGCGAUAUACUGAUCAGUUAGGGCCCCUUUGGAACUCUUUAGCUGAUUAUUAUGUUCGCAGUGGUUUAUUUGAAAGGGCAAGAGAUAUUUAUGAGGAAGCGAUACAGACAGUAACUACUGUUAGAGAUUUUACACAAGUUUUUGAUGCUUAUGCACAAUUUGAAGAACUUAGUCUUAGUAAACGCAUGGAAGAAGUUGCAAAAAAUCCUACUGCAGAUGAUGAUAUAGAUUUGGAAUUAAGAUUAGCUCGAUUUGAACACUUAAUGGAAAGACGAUUAUUGUUACUUAAUUCUGUGCUACUUAGACAAAAUCCUCAUAAUGUACAAGAAUGGCAUAAGAGAGUUAUGCUUUAUGAAGGUCAACCACACGAGAUUAUUAAUACAUACACAGAAGCUGUACAAACUGUACAACCACAAUUAGCAGUAGGAAAGUUACAUACAUUAUGGGUUGCAUUUGGUAAAUUUUAUGAAGAGAAUGCACAAAUAGCUGAUGCUAGGGUUGUUUUUGAAAAGGCAACUCAUGUUCCUUAUACUAAAGUUGACGAUCUCGCUUCUGUGUGGUGUGAAUGGGCGGAAAUGGAAAUUAGACAUGGCAAUUACAAGGAGGCGCUAAAACUCAUGCACCGAGCUACUGCCAUGCCAUUCCGCAAAGUGGCCUACCAUGAUGAAACAGAAACUGUACAAAUGAGAUUGUACAAGUCUUUGAAAGUUUGGUCUAUGUACGCCGAUUUGGAAGAAAGUUUUGGAACAUUUAAGGUACUCUUAUGUACGAAAAUAUAAUGUUUUUUUGUUUAC